ACGGUAUUAAACAGUGACUGUAGUUUAGUUUGGAGCGAGAGGAAAAAGUGAAUUUGAGUAUCACUCGUAGCGCGUGGAUAGCGGUGCGCGUGAGAUUUAUUUUUUUCCAAAAAAAAAAAUUCCAAAAAAAUUACAAAAAAAAAUCAAAUAAAUUUACAAACAAAAAAAAAAUCAAAUAAAUUUCCAAAAAAAAAAUCAAAUUUAUUCAAAAAAAUUUCAAUACCAAAAAAAAAAUAUUCGAAAAGACCAAAAAUAUACUAAAAGUGUUCGUAGAAAAUUUUCCAAAAAAUGCUGCAACACACGAAUAGACUAAUGGCAAAUUUAAAACCCACCGGCAAAUGUCUCCUCACACUGUUCGUCUUAAUAUUUGUGUUUUCAAUUACUACCUACGCUUUUACGACAGUGCUGCAGGAUACAAAGAACGCAGAAAGCACUACGAAGACACAAGAAACUGAAAUUAAUGAAGAAAAUGAGAUCAACGCCACCGUGGUGAGAAUAUUAAUGAGCGCCAACGAUCAACGAGCAACAAUGAAUGAUGAAAAAGUCAGUAAAUUUUUACUUGUCAAUAUAGAACAACAAAAUGAUACUGAGAGACUUUUAGCAACAACAAUAAAGGAGCAGAAACCACGAUUACAACACCAACAAAAUAAACGCGAUGUUAGUAAUACAGCCGAUCAGCAAAAUAACAACAACCAAAGUACCGUUAAACAAGGUUACUACGAAGAGCAACAACCUGUAGUCGUACAUGCCGAGACUCUGCCCACGCUCGGUCGGCGUCAAGAUAAUUAUGGUGCGCCACCUAGGCCUUAUCAGGAUGCCUAUUAUGCGCGUCCCGCCUCUGCGUACGACGACGAAGAAGAUGAUGCGUCGCAAGAGGGCGCUGAUGGUUAUCCUUAUGAGCAGCGACCUACAGCGGGUUAUUAUGGCGAUGAUAAUGAUGAUCGGCAGGCGUCUGAGGAGCGUGUUGGUGGUGAGGCGGAGAGUGUGGGUGAGGGACGUGCUGCAGGCAAUUCUGCUUAUGACUCAUACUACAGGCAAUGGCAUUAUGCCACACCAGCGCCGGUACAACGACCGAAUGGCGGUUGGGAGGUCGGUAAUAAUCGGCAGAUGCAGAAUGGCGAACGUGAUCCCUACGCUGCUUACGAUGCCGAUGGCCCAAUGGAGGAUUACGAGUAUCCUGGUGCACUAACGCCAUCGCAAAAACAACAAUACGAACAACAGCUAUUAAAACGCCAACAACUACAACCUAGACCGCAAAACCGCCCACAACAGACCACUACAAUGGAGCAGCAACAGCAGGCGGUCCAGGGGGCCGACCCGCACAAUCGACCAACCACCAGCAGCAACAGCAACAACAACCCGCCCACUGAGAAUUCACUGUUAUCCACAUUGAAAAGCCUCAAAACCAUGUGGGACAUUUACCAGGCGUUUUCUGCCGCUUGGAAUUCGCUCGCGACACACCGACAACAACAAGAGCAACAACGACAAGAGGCAGCAAAACGUCGUCAACAGCAAAUCGCACAACAAACGCGUAUCAAUUCGAAAAAGCCGCCCAAAAUCGGCGCGAACGAUAAAUACACACAAAGGAAUAGCAGCAGCAGCGCGGAGAGUAGCGAGGUGACCGUUGCAACUGCCCCAAAUGCGGCAAAACGAGUUAAGCCAAACAACAGAGCGACGAAAAAUCCUAAAACGACAACAACAACAGCAGCGCAAAGUACGACCUCAACUGAGUUUGUGGCGAGCAGCGAAGUGGAAGAGACGGUUGCCAACAGCAGCAGCAACAAUAGAAACGCGGGCUCAAAGGGUGAUACGAUGGCGCGCCAAAAUGCUCAGGGUAACCGUGAGAAACGUCAAAGCACUGACACAGCUGUGACGGAAUCGACUGAUGUGGGCGAAGGUCGUUACAUCAAAGGCGAUCCGCUGAAAGGCUACUACGAUUUCGUCAUCACCGAAGGCUCAUACAAAUUCUGGGCUGUUUUUCAGACUGGCACCGCAUUGCUGAUUAUUUACUCAACUUUCGCCGCCAUUUACUACUCGAAAGUAAAUCCAUUGGUGUCCGAUUAUGACUACACCGACUACUUGGGUGGCGCACGAUCGCUGAGCGGUGGCGACGAAGACUUCAUCGAUGAUGACAGUGACGGUGGUGAAGGCGGUGGCAAGCAGGGACGACGCAGCAGCUGGCUGAAUGCGAUGUUGCCACGCGCUGGACGCACAUUGCAAUAUAUACUCGAUGCGCUCGAUAAACUGCCCGUGGAUCAUCGUGAGGCGGACGAAGCGAUGCGUGGCGAACGUGCAGGCGUAGCGACGACAAAUCGACAGGCGUUUGGUGAAGAUUAUGCAACAGGAAAUGCGUAUGAAAAUGACGAUGACGCUGACGAUGCAACGAGACAAAGCGCGGAGGAAGUUGGUGGCGCAGCGGCGCCUGAAGAAUUGGAGGCAACGCAGCGGCAAGUGCGCGCUUAUGCGGCUUGACGGCGUUAAUGAGUGUAUGCUGUAGUAAUUUCUACGUGCGAUUGGUCACGAGACACACACAGACAGGCAUAUUGAUUUAUAUUUUUUUUAUUCGUAUAUAUAAUGUGCCUCACAUAUUUUCAGGCGCUACAGCCUGGGCAGCUAUAAAAACGCGCAGCCAUAAAUUCUGACGCAAUUAUUUACAAUAGUUUUUCUUUACUUGCUGUAGCCUUUCUUUUUUUGGGUAUUCUUUUAAUGGUUUUUUUUCCUUUUUUUCUUAUUUUUUCUAUUUUUUUUAUUAUUUUAUUUUUAUUUUCUUAUUAUUGCUUGUUUGCCUCAUUGCUUUACGCGCUGCUUGCAUGGCGUCCGCUCACAUUAACGUUAUUUAUUUGCAUGCAACCAAUUCAUUUUUGCAUACAUUUUCAGUUUUUUUGUUGUAUUGUUGCAUUGCAAUUUUUCUUUGCAACUUUUUUUUUAUUAUUUUACAUUUUUUUUAUUUUUGCAUUUUCAUUUAAUUUUCUCUCUUUCGUUCACGUUUUCUCAUUGAUUUAUGGCGUAGAAUUUAUGUGGCACACACUGCCAGUCGCUGUGGCACCAACGCAGACGACACAUUUGGCGCUGUCAUUGCCUUCGCAUAGCUCUAGCGACCACAGCUGCCAGCUUAUAGUGCUUUAAUUUUACUAAAAGACAUUUGAUUCAGCAGUAUUUGGCUUGGCGUUAAGCGUGCUCUGCGAAAUGACGCAAUCGAAAAGCAAUCCAUAUUAAUUUUAAACAAUAAUAUUUUAAUAAAAAAUUCUGUUUAUGUUUUUAGCUACAUAAGGGAUGGUAUUUUUAAGUUAUAAUUAAAAUGCACUCGAAGGUCUUUUGAUGAAAUGCAUUUCUGUGUCUUGUGGCCGAAUAUAAGUUUUUUAAUAAAAAAGAUAUAGAAAUUACUAUAACGGUAUAUAUAUGUACUUAAUGUAAAAAAUUAUUGUGUUAUAAGCACUCAGUGAGCUAUGAUAAUGAAUAUGUUAAUGGUAUAAAUGAAAAUAAAAUUGUA